AUGGUCUCAAACGCCUGCGACAGAUGUCACCGUCGCAAAGUCCGCUGCGACAAGAUCCAGCCUCAGUGCGGGCCCUGCAAACGCGCUGAUGUCGCGUGUGAGUAUGCUGUUAGUGAGCAUCAGUUGAGGAGGAGGAAUGUUCAGAAGUUGGAGAGGAGGAUUAGGGAGUUGAUGGAGUGUAAUGAGGGUUUGACGCAGCAGUUGAGACGGUCGGAGGAGGUGAGAAGAUCGGAGGAGGUGGUGAGGAGAUCUGAAGAUGUUGAGAGAGGGGAUAGAGGUGAGAGAGCUGGGACGUCGGUGGUGCAGGAUAGUCCUGGGGACGGUGAAGUAGCUGAGGAGGUUAUCCAGAUGAGUCUCAUCGCAGGCGGCGGCCAUCACUUCGUCGGUUCAACAAGCGGCCUCCUCCUCGCCAACCUCCUCCAAUCCCGCCCUCAACCAUCCUCAUCCCUCACCACAUCCUACAAACCAAACUCCCACCCCAGCCUAUCCUCACCACAAACCUCCUCCGGCCUGCCCCCCAAGACCCUCGCCUCAGAACUCCUAAGAGCCUACUGCAGCCAUGACCACCUCUGCUACCCCUUCCUCUCCACAAAGUCCCUCUACCGCUCUCUAGACGCAGUGUACGAAGACGCCAGCGCCAAAGAUCCCGUCGAUGCUUUCUUCGUCGAUAUGACGCUCGCUAUUGGCACGGCGCAGGUGCACAAGUUUAACUGGAAUGGGGUUUAUGAUGCUGAGACGCAUUAUAACCGCGCCAUGACGAGAUUGGCUGAUGUGCUGGCGAGAGAUGGGAUUGAGAGGUUGCAGGCGCUGUUGUUGGUGUGUCAGUAUAGAAUGGGCACGACGUCGAGUAAUACCACGACUAGUGUUUGGCAUCUCAUUGGUGUUGCGGCGAGGACGUGUCUUGAGAUGGGACUUCAUCGGGCAGCGACUUAUGCGCUUCUGGGGACGUUGGAUGAGGCAACGAGAAAGGUGAAGGAGGAGGAGAUGGAGACGAAACGACGGUGUUUCUGGAGUCUUGUUGCGCUGGAUCGCCUGACGAGUCUUGCGCUUGGAAGGCCUUUGGCGCUACAGCUUGAAGACAUAGACGUUGAUCUCCCCCCUUCGUCGACAGCAGAUCAACUUCCUGAGGAUAGCAGUCCUCUCUCAUCAGCGCCCUACGGAACACCUCAAUACCGCGCUGCGACCUCUGUGUUUGUGCACAUCGUUCGCUACCGUCUUAUCUGCGGUAAGAUCAUAAACGCUCUACACCGCAGUGCAAAACACGUCACGUUCCCGAACACAAGCUACGAAGAAAUGCGAACAGCUCUAGCGAGGGAGUUACAAGAGUGGCAUACAGAAACAGCGAGUCUUCCCCUUGUCAAGAGUGACACAGCUGCUUCGCCGGCUAGUGGUUCAAGUUUUCGCUCUGAGGAGUGGUAUAGACUCUUAUACCAUAACGGCAUGCUCAUGCUAUUCCGGCCAUCGCCGUGUUUGAACGACGCAGCUGUGAACAGUCUCGCACUACAGAACAUCUAUGACUCUGCAAGGGAAGCUAUAAGUCUCUACGCGAGUCUCCACCGAUCCCGAAAGUUGAAUUAUUCAUGGAUAACGAUGCACUCCGUCUUCCUAGCCGGCCUAUCAUACAUCUUCGCCCUACGCCAUCACUUCUCCGGUUCAGAACCCCAGCGCGCAAGAUUACAUACAACACCUACAAUCAACCAAGUCGUCAAUGAUACUCGAGCUUGUUCGAAGGUGUUGGUAGCUGUGUCGGAGAGAUGGGACUUGGCGAGGAAUUGUUCUGAUUUGUUUGAUAGGCUUAGUGAUGCGGUGGUUGCGGAUGUCGUGGAGGCGAGUGUUGCGGCGCCGGUGCAGUUUGAGGCGGAUUUGGCGGGUAUGACUGUUGAUACUCACCAUCACCAACACUUCACAUACACUACCCUCAGAUUGCUUCACUUCACUUCACUUCACUUCACUUCACACAAAAUGCUAGACAGACCUCCAAUCCGCAUCGGCAACGUCUCCGGCGCAACAGGCGACCAUCCCCACGCAAUGUCCCGCAUGGUCCGCUCCGGCAACGUCCACGUCAUAACAGGCGACUGGCUCUCCGAGAUGAACAUCGCCUGGAACGCAAUCACCAAGCAGGAAGUAGACCCCAACCUCGGCUACGAGAACGGCUUCUACGAGCAGCUCGACGAGUGUCUUGAUGAUAUCAUGCAGCGUGACAUUCGCGUUGUGACUAACGCUGGGGCGCUAAACACUGAUGCCUUGUAUGAUAAGGUUAGAGCGCUUUGUGAGAAGAGGGGGUAUGCGGAUUGUGUUGUUGCGAAGGUGUUGGGGGAUGAUGUCUCGGAUGUUGUGGCGAGGAGGGAUGUGCAGAUUACGCAUUUGGAUCAUCCGGAGGAGACGCUUGAGUCUUGGGGGUUUACGCCGUGUUGUGCGACGGCGUAUAUUGGGUGCUGGGGUAUCGUUCAGGCUCUUCGGUCUGGUGCUCGUAUCGUUAUCUGCGGUCGAUGCACUGAUGCUUCUCCCGUAAUGGGCGCUGCAGCGUGGUAUCACGGCUGGAGAGAAGAUCAGUACGAGGAAUUAGCCGGUUCACUUCUAGCUGCUCACCUGAUCGAGUGCGGUCCUUAUGUCGUUGGUGCAAACUUCUCAGGAUUCAAGGACUUUCUACCCGAACUCGUGGAUAUUGCAUUCCCCAUUGCUGAGAUCGAUCCAAGAGGACGAUGCACCAUUGGGAGAACAGCAGAAGGUGGAGGAAGAGUCACGAAAGAGACUGUCACUGCACAAUUACUCUACGAACUUCAAGGACAUUUAUACCUAAACCCCGAUGUCGUCGCAGAUCUCUCAGGAGUACACGUCGAACAAGAGUCAGAGAACCGCGUCUCCGUUUCAGGAGUAAAAGGCCUCCCUCCACCGCCAACAGCAAAAGUCAUGAUCGCCGCAAAAGGCGGUUUUCAAGCUGAAGCGACAUUCUACAUCAACGGUCUCGACGUCUACGAGAAAGCAGCCAUGAUGAAGAACCAGCUAGCACACAUGUUCAAAGACUCCAACUUCAGCCGUUUGAGCAUUGAGCUUUAUGGUACUCCAGCUGAGAACCCUACGUCUCAACAAGCGGGCACUGUAUCACUGCGUGUCUUUGCGCAAGCUCGUCGAAAAGAAGACAUUGACGCUCCCAAGUUCAAGGUACCGAUAUAUGCUCUUCGUAUGCAGAGUUAUCCGGGGUAUCAUAUGAAUCUGGACUUUAGGACUAUGGUGCCCAAGCCGUUUAUGGAGAUGUUCCCUGCGCUUAUGCCUGUUACUGCGAUUGAGCAUCGCGUUGAGAUGAGUACAGGUGCAUCACAUCGUAUCGAACCACCAGCAAAAACAGCAAAAUAUCCUAUCGUACGACCAUCAACGGAAACGCAUGGACCGGUUGACAUGCUCACAUUUGGACCGACGGAGUGGGCGCCGCUGGGAAGUGUAGUCCACGCCAGAUCAGGCGAUAAAGGCGAUAACUCGAACGUUGGGUUCUUUGUUAGAAAUGACGAUGAGUACGCCUGGUUGAGGAACUUGUUGACGGUUUCGAAGCUGAAGCAGUUGUUUGGGGUUGAUUGGUUCAAGGGGGAUCCUGAUAGGAGGGUUGAGAGGGUUGAGUUCCCUGGUAUCAACGCAGUGCACUUCCGUGUUUUGGAUAACUUGAACGGAGGGAUUGCGUCUUCGGAUCGGAUUGAUGGUCUUGGGAAGGGAAUUGAUUCCACGGAGAAUUGUACAGGAUUACACGAGACUGUUGUUCUCAUGCUCUUCUUUAAUUUCUCAUUAUUCUCGUAUAGUGAUAUCACCACGUCUGGCGAGAAGAUUGUCGGUCAGAGCAUGAUCCGAGAGCAGACCUCCUACAGGCUGAAAGACUAG